UAUGCAGCUCAUCGACGUAUUCCCUAAACCCCUCCAAAAUGAAUUGUGAAAUGUGAAGCAGACUUUGAUGUUUGAUCAAUGGCGAUCUUCAGAUCCCUCAAAACCCUAAUCACCAAAAACUCUAAAAGUCGCCCCUUCUUCACCACCACCUCAACAGCCACCGCUCUCUUUUUAAACCCUCCUUUAUACACUCCUCUCUCUCACCGAUCCCCUUGGAUCGCUCCCUUUCAGGGACCUCUCUUCCUCUCAUUUCCUCCCUGGAAGCUAUCCCAAUCCGCUACUCCACUAAACGGCGUGUUUCUCAGGAAAGUUCAGGCCUUGAAUUUGGACUUGAUUCAUGGCGGUACGAAACUUCCCUCCCAGUUGGAAUUCGGGUCGGACGUGUUGAAUCGAACUGAGGAUGAGGUUGGCGGACAUGGAUUAUUGAAGAGCUUCGUGAAUUUGCCCAAUUUGGUCUCAAUGAGUCGUUUGGUUUCGGGACCUUUCAUUGGAUGGAUGAUCACAAAUGAAAUGUAUUCUUCUGCAUUUGUGUGUUUGGCCAUUUCUGGAGCGACUGACUGGCUUGAUGGAUAUAUGGCUAGGAGAAUGAAGAUUAAUUCAGUUGUUGGUUCUUACCUUGAUCCCCUUGCUGACAAGGUCCUUAUUGGGUGUGUUGCUCUGGCAAUGGUACAUAUGGAUCUGCUGCACCCUGGACUUGUUGGAAUCGUUGUAUUGAGAGAUGUUGCCCUUGUUGGUGGGGCAGUUUAUCUAAGAGCUAGUAGUUUGGGAUGGAAGUGGAAAAGCUGGUCGGAUUUCAUCAAUCUUGAUGGAACCUCUCCCCAGAAGGUUGAGCCUCUCUUUCUGAGCAAGGUUAAUACGGUAUUCCAGUUGGUUUUGAUUGCUGCAGCCCUUCUGCAACCUGAGUUUGGAACCCCAGAAACUCAAUCAUACAUCACAUUUUUGAGCUUGUUGGUUGCUUCAACUACUGUGGCCUCUACUAUAGCAUACGGUGGACAGUACAUGAGAAAGAGAUCAGCUCUCAUCACAAGAAAGUUGUAGUUUGAAUCUUACGGCAUAAACCUUAAAGAAAGACUGGUUGGUCGCCUUGGAGAUUGAUGAUUGUACCAGUUUUUCUGAGUUGCUGAUGCAAAAAAGACAUUUGUAUGGCUGUCAUGCAAAUGCAAAGAGGUCAAAGGGAAGUUCGUUUUGGAUUUCCUCAAUCCGUAGACCCUUGACCAUUAUGUUACAGACAAGCUGUGACCUGAAACAAGAACAUUGCCAUUUCAUGUUAUCUUGCCCAAAUGAUACAACUAUUCAAUUGGACGAAUUAACAAAAGUGGGCAGAUAUUAAUCUGUUCAAGCUGUGGAAGGACUGUUACGAAGAGUUACCCAAUUGUAUAGCAUUUACUGGAAACGGAAAUUGAAUAGAGAUUAACCAACCAUGAAUUGGUUACAUAAACAAUUUUGUUAAUGUAUGAAAAAAAAUUCCAUUUUACCUGUA